AUGAGCGACGACCGCUGGAGCAAGGACGGCGCCGCCUCGCCGACCGCCGACGGGUACCUCGUGCAGCACCCGCCCGUCUUUGAGCAGCAGCCGCCGCCGGCGCGCAUCCAGCGCUUCCUCCAGGGCUUCCGGCGCGACCCGCAGUCCGAGUUUUACUCGCGCGACCGAGGGGACGUCGGCGUCGGCGUCGGGCCGCACUACGACCUGCGCAGCGCGACUGUGGACAAUGCGCACUCGGGCGGCCUGAUGCGCAGCCUCAAGGGGCGCCAUCUCCAGAUGAUUGCCAUUGGCGGGUCCGUCGGAGCCGGAUUGUUCGUGGCGAGCGGCAAAGCCCUGGCCGUCGGCGGCCCGGCAUCGCUGCUGCUGGCGUUUUCCGUCGUCGGCAUCAUGCUGUUCUUCACGUGCCAGGCGCUCGGCGAGCUGGCCGUCGUGUUUCCGAUUGCCGGCUCCUUUUCCUCGUGGUCGACGCGCUUUCUGGACCCUUCGUGGGGAUUUGCCAUGGGCUGGAACUAUGCCAUACAGUGGCUCUCCGUGCUGCCGUUGGAAAUCAUCGCCGCGUCCCUCACCAUUGAGUACUGGAACGAUUCCGUCCCGCGCAGCGUCUUUGUGACGGGCUUCCUGCUCGUCAUCCUCACCAUCAACAUGUUUGGCGUCAAGGGCUACGGCGAGGCAGAAUACGUCUUUUCCAUGAUCAAAGUCGUUGCCAUUCUCGGCUUCAUAGACAGACUCCUCGCCAUCGUCCUCAACCUCGGCGGCACGCCCGACGGCGGCUACAUUGGCGGCCAGUACUGGCACGACCCGGGCGCCCUGCACAACGGCUUCAAGGGCAUCUGCAGCGUCUUCACCACGGCCGCGUUUGCCUUUGCCGGCACGGAGCUCGUCGGGCUCGCGGCGGCCGAGACGGCCGCGCCGCGCAAGUCGCUGCCGACGGCCAUCAAGCAAGUCUUUUGGCGCAUCACGCUCUUCUACGUCGUCGCGCUGACGCUCGUGGGCUUGCUGGUGCCGUACGACAGCCCGCGGCUCUUUGGCGGCACCAACCCCGUCGACGCCAGCGCCUCGCCGUUUGUCAUCGCCAUCGAGGACGCCGGCAUCCAGAUCCUGCCGUCCGUCAUGAACGCCGUCAUCCUCAUCGCCAUCCUGUCCGUCGGCAACUCGGCCGUCUUCGGCUCGACUCGCACGCUCGCCGCCAUGGCCAACCUGCGCCAGGCCCCGCGCGCCCUCGGCUACGUCGACCGCAAGGGCCGCCCGCUCGUCGCCAUCGGUCUCGCCGCCCUCGUCGGCGCCCUCGCGUACCUCGCCGACCUCGACCAGCAGCAGGUCGUGCUCGAGUGGCUGCUUACCGCCUCGGGCCUCUCCUCCGUCUUCACAUGGGGCUCCAUCUGCCUCUGCCACAUCCGCUUCCGCCGCGCCUGGGCCGCGCGUGGUCACGACCCGCGCGACCUCCCGUUUCGCGCCCAGUUUGGUGUCGCCGGCUCGUAUUUCGGGCUCGCCCUCAACUGCAUCGUCAUCGCCACGCAGUUUUGGGUCGGCGUUGCGCCCGUCAACUCGCAGCACAUGACGGCAAGGGAUAUCGCGCAAAACUUCUUCCUUAAGUGGAUGGGCGCGCCUGUCGUCCUUGUCUUUUUUCUGGGCCACAAGUUGUAUUAUAGGACGGGCUAUGUCAGGAUCGACGACUUGGAUAUCGAUUCUGGGAGGCGCCAGUUUAACCUGCCGAUUCUAAUGGCGCAGGAAAAGGAGGAGAGGGAUAGUUGGCCGCGAUGGAAGUCGUUUUACAAGCUGAUAUGUUGA